AAUAUUAUCCUACUUCUCUGUAUUAUGUAUAAAUAAGACGCUUCCACAUCAAACAUUAAACCCAAAAUAUUGGUAACUAAAAUGGCAAGAAAUUUGCAAAUACUUACCUCACUUCUUUUAUCCAUUUCAAUACUACUCAUCCUAAAUCAAGUCAAACCAGCAGAUGCUAAGCUCAAUCGAACUGAGUUUAUCAAUGAGGUCCUAGAAGGCCACAAUGCAGCUAGGCAAGCAGUGGGAGCCUUGCCUCUGAGGUGGGAAGAUUUGCUUGCUACAUAUGCGCGGAUAUACUCAUCAAGGGAGAGGCGAGAGGACUGCCAACUCAUCCAUUCUGCAGGAAAAUUCGGGGAAAAUCUGUUUUGGGGACAAGGACGACGAUGGAUGGCAAAGGAUGCAAUAGCAGCAUGGGUAGCAGAAAAGCAAUGGUAUAAUUACAAUAACAACUCUUGUACUGGACCUGAGUGUGGGCAUUACACUCAAAUUAUUUGGAGUCAAACCAAGUUGGUUGGAUGCUCUAAGAUUAUAUGUGAUAGUGGUGAUACUUUCAUUACUUGUGAGUAUUAUCCUGCAGGAAAUUAUGAAGGUGAAAAACCAUACUAGAAUGAUGAUUUACAAGCCUAAUAUAGUAUGUGUUUCAGUGUUUGUCAGUUGUUCAAACUUAGUGUGAACAUUUUACUUUCAGUCAUACCUCGGAUCAUUAUGUGGUAUUUAUAUGUGCUGUCUUACGUAUAUCAGACUAUCAGUGUAUUAUAGAAGUGUAUAAUGUGAUCAGUGAGGAACAAUCUGAUACUGAGUAUCAGAUCUUA